GUGGGUGUGCCUGCACACACACACACAUACAUUCACUCAUACACAGCUGACUUGGAAGCUGUGAGGAUGAAGGUGGUGGGGGACUCAGUGCCCACUAAACUACUUCAAGUGCCUGCAUAUAUGAGGCUGGAUUUAAAGCCUCCAGCAUGCUUAGAGUUAAUUCCUAUUAGGUUGGACUCCGCCCCUCUCUCCCAAAGGUAAAGCAAGGUUUUCAGUCAUCACUGCAAAGAGCAGCUGGGAUUCCCAUCUCCUUCUGACAAGCUGUGAGAAGUUGUUUCUCAGAUCUGAGUCUGAAGAGAGGGAACAAGUCAAUCAGCCUUCGUGGUCAGAAGAGAAACCUGGGACCAUGAGGAGCAGCCUAACCCUGGUGGGGAUCCUCUGGGCCUUCCUGUCUCUUGUUACUGCUGUGGCCAGUUCUACCAGUUACUUUCUGCCUUACUGGCUCUUUGGAUCCCAGCUGGGGAAGCCAGUGUCAUUCAGCACAUUCCGGAGGUGCAACUACCCUGUGCGGGGCAAGGAGCGCAGUCUGAUCAUGGUGGAAGAAUGUGGGCGCUAUGCCAGCUUCAGUGCCAUCCCAAGCCUUGCCUGGCAGAUGUGCACAGUGGUGACAGGUGCUGGCUGUGUUCUGCUACUCCUGGUGGCACUGGCUGCUGUCCUGAGCUGCUGCAUGGAAGAGCUCAUCUCCAGAAUGAUGGGACGUUGCAUGGGAGCAGCGCAAUUCGUGGGAGGGCUGCUGAUAAGCUCAGGCUGUGCAUUAUACCCCUUAGGAUGGAAUAGCCCAGAGAUAAUGCAAACAUGCGGGAAUAUCUCCAAUCAAUUUCAGUUAGGUACCUGUCGCCUCGGCUGGGGUUAUUACUGUGCUGGAGGUGGAGCAGCUGCAGCCAUGUUGAUUUGUACCUGGCUUUCUUGCUUUGCUGUAAGAAACCCCAAGCCUGUCAUGUUGGUGGAGAGUAUCAUGAGGAACACCAAUUCUUAUAGUGUGGAGCUUGACCACUGCCUCAAACUUUAAGCAUUGGCAGAAGAUUGGAGAGAGUGAGAAAGAGGAGGAAAUUGAGCUUUAAAAAUAGGUACUAAGACUAGGCCAAUUGCCAUCCACCUGUCAGCAAUGUAGCCUAGUGUUACAUGCUGUUUAACUCACUAGUCAUUCAUUUUUAGUUUUCCUUAAGCCAAUGGGUCAAUGGCUACUUACAAAAUCCAUCAAGAACAAUAAUUCUCUCAGAUGUUUACCUAUCUGGUGAGUACCCAAUAGCCCCCAUGUCCCAAAGUACGCCUUUAUGCAAAAUAAG